AAUGUAAGUUUCUGUUUUCUUUCUGUUCACAGGGCAGUUUGUGAGACACCAGCCAACAAUGGCGAAUCCGUUACAGAAGCUGGUGGCAGAGAAGAAGGACAUGGUGGAGACGGUGAUGGAGGUGUUCGAACAGGGAGCCGAAGUGGUGGCCAGCAUCGCCGGAGACCUCUUCCCCGUGUUCUCCAUCGCCGCUCCCAUUGUCAAGCUGGCUCUGGACAACGUGGAGAGCAAAGAGGCGGCCUUCAUGAAGGAGCAGUUCCAGAAGGUCCGAGACCGCCUGGACGUGGCCUCCGAGGAGCUGCAGCGGAUCAACGACGAGAUCAAGAAGAGCGGGGUGGACGCUGCCUACUUCUCUGUGGAGGAAAACAUCACCAACCAGUUCAGGAAGUACAUGGACAUCCUCAACGCCAAGCCGAAGUUCAGAGAGGUGAAGAAGAAGCUUUUCCUGGAACAUUUCGCCAAAACCGGUGGAGAAAAGAACCUGCAUAUCCUCUACAACGCUGUGACCGGAGAAACGUUCUCCGGGGAGCCGAUCCUUGAGAUCAUCCAGAACUACGAGGAGAAAAGCCGCCGACCCAUGGAGGACUUUUGUGCUCGGCUGAAGAAGCUCUUCUGUGUGGGGCUCAUUGCGCUUUUGGGGCACGCUGCCCUGAAAGGCUAUGACGAAGAUGAGGCUCUUCUGAAAGAGUGGGGGGAAAAUAUGAACAAAGUCCAAGCCAAAAUGAACGCCGUCAUCGAAGACUGCAUCGUUAGCUUCCCUCAGCAGGCCGAACAGGACUCCCGCCGUCUGGUGAGAGACCAGGAGGGCUUAACCAACCAGCAGCUAGCCGACGCUAUCAUCGAGAAGCUAAAGAAGAAGUACGACUGGGUGGGCUGGUCUGUGCGCGUCUUCAGGUCUCCCACUGGCCUGUUCACCAACAAGAAGGACUACCAGUGCGCCACCGGGAAGAGCCGCUUCCAGGUUCCCACGUCGGACGAGAAACUGAACGUCUGGGUGUCGUUCAGCUCCUCGCCUGAACCCGUGGAUAAGAGCCACAUCCAGCAGCUGAUCCAGAGUCAGAAGAAGCUCACCGUGGUGGGAGUAGCCGAGUUCCUGUUCGAGAAGCUGCCGGGCGACUGCGUCGUCCACACCAUCAAAACCAGCAAAGACCUGGGCUACUCCUGGAGCUUCGAGGACGACCUGCACUACUGGGAGGAGCACAAGAACUUCUACGUCUGCGUUCAUUCAGCCUGAAGAUUUAGAGAAAACUCUGUUUGCACAAAUUAUAGCACCACGCUGCUCCGCCGUCCUCAUUCAGAUAUUCCUCAGAAUGUGCCUUUAGAUAUUAUAAAGUUGAGAGUGUAAGUACCUAAUGUGAUCUGAGUGAAGCUAACAGCUAUCAGAGCAAAGCCAUUCAACAAGGGAGACAUUAAAGACUCAAAUUUCCAAAGAUUUAUGUUAUUUAACCAACUGCAUCCAUGUAGCUGCAGCUUUUCUAACCCAAAACAAAAAUAAAACGGUAAAAACAAGCAAAUUUAUUUAACCAUAUGAAUUUGCAUUGUUGAACAGAAGAAGAGUUUAGAAAAAGCUGCAGAGCAACAUGGACAUCGUUGAGUUAAUAAAUUAAGAAAUGACACAAUCAUCUUCUGCAAGAGCAACUUCAGUUUUAUUGUUUUUGUCCGUUUUUAUUGGCCUGCUGUGUUUAUGUGUAGCUGUUAGCAUUACUCACUGGCUGGUGUCCUGAAAACAAGUUAACACUCUAAAAAAGGUCUUUUAUAAAAUGUUUUAUUCCUUUCUUAUACCUUUAAUUGUGUAAAAACAAAAACACACAUCUCCUUCUGCCUUUUUCAGAACAAAUUGUUGAGGUUUCAUAAUAAUAUUCCUCUUUAGAAGAUUUUGGCAGGAUUUAGUGUUUCAACCUGGACAUGUUUUCAUUAGAAAAAGAAAAUUGUUUUGGACGUUCUGGCGCUGAUGAAGCUGAGCUCACCCUAAACGGGCCGUUUGUAUCAAAACCACAGAAAACUGGAAACCCUCCGUUUGAUUUCACCUUUAAUUCUUAUUUGGCCUAAAAGAAAAUGAGCAUUGUUUCUUUUUCUGUCCACUAAUCAGCACUGAAGCUCCAGCUUCUGUCGGCUUUCAGUGGCGUCAAACAUCUCCAAGCUUCUUCCUGCUCUGACGUCUCGCGUUUUGUGCAGCUGAAAUUCACUUUUCAAAGGUUUAGUUGAAUUUUUGAUUCAUUUUGGGUUUUUGGGGAUUUUGGGUUUUUAUCAAAAUGUUUCUAAUCUGACGUUCAUGUUCACACUACCUGCUGACGAUGCAGUCAUAUUCAAUAGAUUGUAAGCUGCUUAAAAGAAUCAAGCAUACUUUUUAUUAAUUAAGCCCACAUUUCUGUUUUAAAAUGUUUUUUUCAUCUGUAAUAAUUAACAGAAGGUUUAAAAAUAUCAGUCUGUGUGAAAUGUAUCUGUAUGAUGUGUCACUUUUGGUGAAUUUAUUAAUGAAACUAAUGAACUUUUAAAAAUAUUCAGAUUUAUUGAAUAUGACUGUAUGAUGCACUGACUUCAUAGUUGAGGGUUUUCUGCUGUUCUGUCAUCGUUACGUUUCUUUUUCAAUUGAUAUAAAAAAAAAAUCAAUAACACAUUUUGUGACAGUUUUUACACUUUCUAUUGAUGUGGUUCCCUGUAACCAACAAAAUAAAUAAAUCUUGAUUAAAUGCA